ACCAAUAAUAGUAGUAAUUAAUAAUGGAAAACUGGCAGAGAAUAUCCAAAGCAUUAAAUUAAGCAAAACUGCAAAAGAACUCUUAAGCCCUCCCUCCUAUAUAAAAUCAGUCUCAUCGUCCCUGCCAAAAAUCAUCACCUAAUGCUCUCCUUUUUAAGAACAAAUCUACCGUUAUCACUGUCACCGCUCUAUCAAAAAGCAUCAUUUUUUUCACUCAUGGAAUGUUCUGGAUCAAACAGAUUGAUGGCUUUAGCCCAUCAGCUUCGCUUCUACAAGCCACCCUCUGCAUCUCCAGAUGAAAUUGAAGAGCAAACUAUUGAAGUGGGUUUUCAAGAAUCUGUAACCCCAAUUCCUAAAGAUCCUCAAAGGUUUAGACCCAAAAGAGCUGCUGUCUUGGUCUGUAUCUUUGCUGGUGAUGAUGGUGAUUUUCGUGUCAUUUUGACUAAGAGGUCUUCUAGGUUAUCUACUCACUCAGGUGAAGUUUCAUUGCCUGGUGGGAAAGCAGAGGAGGGUGACAAGGAUGAUGGUGAGACAGCCACAAGAGAGGCAAAAGAGGAGAUUGGGUUGGAUCCUACACUUGUCCAUGUGGUUACCGUUCUUGAACCAUUUUUGUCUAAGCACCUCCUGAGAGUAAUUCCAGUUAUAGGCAUACUGCGUGACAAGAAAGCAUUCAAGGCCAUGCCAAAUCCUGCUGAAGUUGAAGCAGUGUUUGAUGCUCCGUUGGAAAUGUUCAUUAAGGAUGAAAAUCGAAGAGUAGAGGAGAGAGAAUGGAUGGGAGAGAAGUAUCUGGUCCAUUUCUUUGAUUAUGAAACGGAAAAGAAGAAAUACUUGAUAUGGGGUUUAACUGCUGGAAUUUUGAUUAGAGCUGCAUCAGUAGUCUUUCAGCGGCCACCAGCUUUUGUGGAGCAGAAUCCUAAGUUCAGAUUUCCGAAGGUAGUAAACAGUGAUACUGUGAUGCAUUGAAGAAUUAGGGGGAGAAUUAUAUUGGGGUGCACUCGAAAUAAACAACCUGGCGUAAUAAAAUCCACAACCUGGACCUGUUGAACUAGUGUGAUUAGUUUAAAAUAACCGUUCAUGGAUACUGAAACAGAAUGGUCAGACAGUUGGUACGUAGACAGAGUAUGUCCAAACUUGUGAGUACUGUAAGCUGAGGGAAAAAAUUAAUUUCAGAUACAGAGGGGUAACUCAAAUCUGGUGUCAUCAACUUCUUGAUGGGGUAUGUUGGUGAUGGAGCCGUCUGCUUCAACGGGUCAGGAUGCUUUCCCAUCUUUUAUCUAGAUUUAACUCUCAAUUGGUUUGCUGUUGAAAAGAAUUAAUCAGCAGCACUGAUAAGAACAGCUAUACUCGCAAGAAUUUUCCUUGUGAAGUAUGAGAAUGAAGACUACCUAAUGCCUUCUUUCAUCUCUAAGCUGCUCUUUUGCCAUGGAAUUAAAUAGUUUUUAUGCAUAUUGCAAGAAUCGGAAACUACUUACCUAUUCAAGUAAGAAUUGGUUUCUAAGGGAGCUAGUUCGGUAAAAUGUUUGAUGUCCCUUGUAAUUCCUCAUCAGGGAAAUUCAUCUUUAAUUUAGUGAUUAUUUAUUGUUGUAUUAGAUUUAUGAUUAUUUAUGCUAAUUGUAUAAAGAGAUGUUUCUAAUCCAUGAAUCACCACUUGUUAUACCAGUCUUGCUUAUAAUGGAAUAAUUAUAUAAAUAGUGUCGUAACUUUUCAA